GUCUUUGCAUGAAUAGACAUUCUUCGUGUGUUUAUUCGAGUAUUUUUCUAUUACUAUUGCAUUUUAGGAGAAUCGCAAAAUAAAACUCAUCGUAAAAAAAUUAUAUUUGAAAAUGUGACUUAAAACCUAGUAACUUAAAUCCUUAAAAACUAUGCUUGAUGAUUUUAAAAUAUGAUUAGAAAUUCUAUAGUUUUCUAACUCUAUCGUGUUCGUGUGCCGCGAAUAUAUGAAAAUAUUUUAGUUUAAGAAAUAUACGAUAAGUAGAUUACGAUGGAACACAUAAAAGUGUGUAGGAUAUGCCUCGUAAUGGAUGUAAGCAUGCACAAUCUACAGGAUUAUCCUCUUGGAACCUAUUUUGAAAAUGUUACAGGAAUAAAUCUCUUUAAGAUAACAGAUCUGCCUCCAUUUGCUUGUUAUGAAUGUACAACACUUAUCAAGAAGUUCAAUAGUUUCCGAGAACGGUGUCUAAGAGGUCAGACUGCUCUCUAUGGGAUACUGCAAACAUCUGGAAAGAUAUCAACUGAAGAUGUAAAACAGAUAGACAGAGAUUAUUUCCAUUUGACAUCUAAUCUUGUAUUCUCUAGUACAAAAACAUGUGAAGACUUUUGCCUAAACUAUGAAGAUUCAAAGAAAAACAUUAAAAAUGAACCAUUUGAGCAAAUGGAUAAUAUUUUAGAAUAUAAUAUAGAAUUGGACAUAAACAGUAUAAAGCAGGAAAGUAAUUUUGAUGAUUUUGGAUCCUUGUCUAUGUCCAGCGAUGAUAAUGAACCGUUAUCUAUACAUAAAAAUGGAAAAGAAAAGAAAGGUAAAUUAGUUAAAAAGAAAACAAGAAAAAAAAGAAACAAUGGAGAAUGUUCUGAAAUGUCAGAGAAUAGUUUUGGAGAUUUUUUAAAUGAGACUGAAGAAAAGGAUUCAACUAUUGUACAAAGUCUCUUAGACACCAAACGUAAGAAGAGAGGAAGACCAAAGAAAAACACAAAGCCAGAAAACAAACUCAUAAAAUACACAGAUCACGAAGAAGAUUUAGACAUUGAGGAAUAUGUUACUGUAAUAACACUAUCGUUGGAGGAGCAAAUAGAAGAGGUAAAGCAGCGGAAGACAUCAAGCAACUAUUUGAAUUCCGCGUACAAAUGCGAUCUUUGUUACAAAGGUUUUAUACACACUGAUGCCUGGAACCACCACCUCAGGAAACAUGAUCCGAGUGCGGGGGACAUGGAAUGUUGUGUGUGCAAGUUCCGGUUCAAGACAAAACGUAUUUUAUUGAAACACACCUCCAACCAUGAGAAGAAAUACGCCUGCAAAGCCUGCUCAUACGUCUCUAGGACACCGACACAAGCGAGACAACACCAGCGCUGGCACAAGGGGGUUACCUACAAGUGUCAAUACUGCGAUGAAAUAUCCACUAAAUGGACGUCGUACUUGAGCCACGUGAGGAUAAAGCAUCCCUCGCAGCACAUCUGCGGGGUUUGCGGGUACUCCUUCGUCAGCUCUCUGGGGCUCGCCAUGCACCGCACCAUGAUGCACAAGGAUCUAGACUUGGCAAAAGAGAAGUCGGUGAAGGUGACUGGUGAUGAGGUCGAAGAGAAGAGUCGGUACUGCGCGGAGUGCGAGGUGCAGUUCAUGUCGGAGGAGGCGUGGAAGCGGCACCUGGUCACCUCUGUCAAACAUGUACCCUCAUACAUCUUCAAUAACGGAUGUCGUGUUUGCGGGGAAACAUUCAAUAAUCCUGAAGAGCUACGAAUUCACCAUAGACAAAAGCACGCGCGGAAGAGACCCACUAACUACGGGAAGAAGCCUCCCAAACAUGAUAAUAAGUGGCCUACUAACUGUGAACAUUGUUCUGAAGAGAUACCGAACGCCCGCGAGUACUGGGUCCACUUCCGGCGCGUUCACCCUGACAAGACCUACCCUAUUGCGAAGAACCACAUCUGUGACGUCUGCGGCAAAGGAUUUAGGGGUAACGCGUUCCUAGCAUACCACAAGCGCACGCAUAGCGAGGAGCGCGCAUUCAAAUGCCCGCAGUGUCCAAAGGCGUUCCACAACCGCAUCAAUCUGCAGAUGCAUGCGCGCACGCAUUCUGACGCGCGUCCUCAUCCCUGCACCCUCUGCUGUAAGGCCUUCAAGUGCAAGGCCGCGCUCGACAGGCAUACCAGGUGCCACACCGGUGUCAAACCAUACGAGUGCGGUAUCUGCGGCAAGGCGUUCGCGCAGUCCAAUAGCUGUAAGCUGCAUGUACGCACCGUACAUCUCAAGCAGCCCUCGCCUUAUCUCAGCCGCGCACGUCUCGAGCGCCGCGCUCGUAUCACCCCGCAUCAAGCCGCGAACCAGCCCGCGAACCAACCGCAUCAACCUCCGCUCUACUGACCACAUUCUACUUUUCUCCUUCAUACGUCCAUUGACUAUUAAGGAGUAUUUAUUAACAUUUUAUUUUAUUUAUCACACAUGCUUACCGAAAAAGGUGGUUUUCCUAAGGGAGAUAAUGUAUAAGAAGGGCAAUAUCUCUUCUAUGUAAAAAUAUCUAUUUUCUUUUGCAAAAAUGUUCUUUUACUUUUACAAAAAGUGUCAUUCUACUUAUAUCUCUUUUUUAAGGAUUAUUUUUAAGAUCAAAUUAAAGGAAUUAUUAAAAGCCGCAAUUUUUCAGUGACAAUGGAUUGUAAAUAUUG